AUGACGUCGUCGUUAGCAGAUUCUCCGAACCGGGCAAGCCCCACGAAUGAUAACAACAGAGACGACAACGAACACCACCGAACCUCCGACGCCGCGGCGGACAACGAUUCCAAGCACGUGCCAGCUGCGGUUUCGACGAACAGGCCCGGAGAUGGACAGGAACACGAUCGACACGGCCAUGAGGACUUGAGCGAGCAAUCCCCUCUCCUCUCCCCGAGCUCCGGCUCGGGUGAAGACGAUGGCCUAAUUGAUGGACGCCCGCCCAGGGCUACAUCGCGGCCGGGCGGCGGCAGCGACGAGCACCAGCAGACGAAAAGCAUAUGGUAUCUAAUCUUGCUGACCAUCGGCAUCGGCGGCCUGCAGAUCGCCUGGUCGGUCGAGAUGUCCAACGGCUCGCCCUAUCUGCUGUCGCUAGGCAUCAGCAAGUCGCUCAUGGCGCUGGUCUGGAUCGCCGGCCCGCUGUCGGGCACCCUGGUGCAGCCCUACGUCGGCAUGCUGAGCGAUAACUGCCGUUUGCGCUGGGGCAAGCGGAAGCCGUUCAUGGUAGGCGGGUCGGUUGCUACGAUCAUCUCGCUCAUGUUCCUGGCGUGGACUAAGGAGCUGGUGGGUGGGUUUUUGGGGUUGUUUGGGGCGGACCCGGCUUCGGAUGGAGUCAAGUACUCGAUUAUUGUGGUCGCUGUGCUGUGGGUUUAUGUGCUUGAUUUUGCCAUCAACACAGUCCAGGCGGCUAUCCGCGCGUUUAUUGUAGACUGCGCACCCGCCCAUCAGCAAGAGAGCGCCAAUGCCAUGGCCAGUCGCUUCAUCGGUAUCGGCAACAUCGCGGGCUACCUGGCCGGUUACCUAGAUCUGCCAGCGGUCCUCUGGUUCUUGGGCGAUACUCAGUUCAAGGACCUCUGUGUUAUUGCCAGCAUCGCUCUAGCUCUGACCAUCAUUUUGAGCUGCGCCUUUAUUCACGAGAGAGACCCGCGGCUCGAGCCCCCUCCAUCCAAAAAUAAACCUGGAGCCACGGCGUUCUUCCGCAAGAUCUUCACCUCCGUGAGGCGCCUCCCACCGCAGACAAUGAAGGUCUGCCAGGUGCAAUUCUGCGCCUGGAUCGGCUUCUUCCCCAUGCUCUUCUAUACAUCGGAGUAUAUCGGCGAGAUCUACGCUGAACCGUACCUGGAAGCGAACCCGAACAUGACUCCCAAGGAGCUGGACAAGCUGUACGAGGAUGCUACUCGAGAGGGUACCUUUGCCCUGCUCAUCUUUGCCGUCAUGGGGCUCCUCACCAACGUGUUCCUCCCUUUCUUGAUCGCCCCAACCUACGAGGCCCACCCCAGCGGAGCAGCCAGCGCGCCCGGCGAGGCCCCUGGACUCUUGAAAGACUACAACAACGAGGAGAGCAAGUCUUGGCUCGACUACCUCGUUAUCCCAGGCUUUACCCUCCGCCGUGCCUGGAUGCUUUCCCAGCUACUGUUUACAGGCAGUAUGCUCUGCACUGUAUUCGUGCGCACCGUGGCCGCCGCGACUGUCCUAAUCGGCCUUGUCGGCAUCACCUGGGCUUUAACCCUCUGGGCGCCCUGGGCCAUCAUCAGCGCCGAGAUCUCGCGUCGCGAUGAACUCCGCCGUGCGCGAUACGCCCACCACCACAGCCUACCAGCUACCACCCGCAGUGGCGGUGAGAUCGCCUACGCUUCCGACUCCAACUCGGACGAAAACGAACAAGAAGCCGAAGCCGAAGCAGCCGACCAAGCUGGCGUCAUCCUCGGCAUCCACAACAUGGCCAUCGCCGCACCACAAAUCAUUGCCACCGUCACCAGCAGUAUCAUCUUCCGCUUCUUUCAGAAACCCCGCGGCGUCCCCGGUGAUCAUAGCAUCGCUGUUGUUCUUGCGCUUGGUGGGAUCACGGUGUUCAUCUCGGCGUUUUUCAUCCAUCGGAUCCGUGACGAGCCUGGGGGUGCGGAUGAGAGUGGGGUGGAUGUGUUGAGUGCGGCUGAGGAUGUUGAUGGUGCUGGGAGUGUGGCCGACAGCCGGCCGAGUACCAGCCAUAGUAGGAGGCGCUCGACUGAGGGGCUGCCGCGGGCGAGUUUGGAGAGGGCGGCGCUGGUGCGGAAUCAGAGUUUUGGAGGGGCGGAAUAUUGA